AUGGCUAACAAGGACUCUGACUAUCCCUCAUCUCAGUCAGAUGGAGAUGAUGUAGACCCCGAUCAAGAAGAACAGAGGCAGCCAGUUAACAAUAACGUUGCAAAUAUCCUUGCGAGACUCCAAUCUACUGGAGCUUUGAUUAAGAAACUAAAGAAAGAGUUUUAUUGCUUCACAUGUGAAUUAGAUUUUCCUGAUAGGGAAGAGUUAAAUAAUCAUCUCAUUCAGCAUGUUUCCUUACCGAAUGUGGAACUUGUAAAACUGCCUUCUGACGACGAAGACGGACCUCCUUCGGAAGACGAAAACUGGUUUGACGAAGAAGAGCCAAAAAUGCCAAACCCAAAAACACCUCAGAAGGUAGAUAUAUCAGAAAUACUUAAAAACAAAGGCCUUUCAAUUAAAAAGAAUGAAAGUUCCCUAAAUUCGACCUCGGCAUUAGAUAAAUUGAGCAGCUUAGGGCUGACAAUAAAAAAUAAUGCAACUCCAAUCAAAAAAGAAAAGCCAGAUAAUGACAAAAGUGAUGUUAUGCAAAGGUUAGGUAAAUUAGGAGGUAUUAAAUUAACAUUAAAGUCAGAUGGAAGUAAUACAAAUACAUUUAAAGUGGUCAAUGGCUUAAAAGACUUCAAAGCCUCAGAUGAUGAAGAUGAAGGAAGUGAAAAAGAUAAAAACAAUGAUGAUGAUGAUAAUGACAACAACCUUAAAACAGAAGAAAGUAAUAACCAAAUCAAGUCGCGCACACCUUCUGAAAGUGAAGAUUCAAACUCUAGUAAAGCUAUUAAAUUCCCCAAAACUUCAAAAGUCACGAAUUUCAAUGAGGUAGAAGAUCAACUCGGUGCCACGUCAGUCAACAAACAAGCCAAGCCUCGGGCGAGACCAACAGUUAAACAAACUCCAACAAGAGCAAAUCUACAAACUCAGAAUAAUUGUAAUGCAGAAAAAAUUUCUGAAGCUGAACUAGAUCGGCCGCAUUCCAAUUCAAGUACGGAGACCAUAAUUAUUAAAAAAGAAGAAACUGAUUCUACCGAAUCUCGUCCGAUAGAUGCACCUUUGUUUUCGGGACAGAUUAAAACUGAGCGAAUGUCCCCAACUCUUCCAGACAGUUCGACACCUAUUGUCACUCAAAUUAAGACUGAAAAUGAUACUAUAACAUCACCACCAAUAACUACAAUGCCAUUAAAAUGUGUAACUAAAACGGAAGAACCAGUCACGGUAAUAGAAAUAAACGGAGAUUCUAAUGAUGAGGACGAUGAUUGCUGUGUUGUUUCAACCACCCCUGCCCCUGAUAAUAAGCCAAAAACGGAAAUGAAAUAUGUUCCAAUUGCGACUAAAAUAGAAGAAGUUAGUUAUCCUUCGUCAACUUCGUACUCUACAAGUGCAUUCUCUAUGGCUCAAACUAAUCAUAGUUCAGCUUCAGGUGUGUCACAAGCGCCCACAAUACAAACAACAGAAAAACAGCAUAGUUUUGAUUGGAAUGCACCAGAUUCAAAACCUGCUGUUGAUAUUUUUGAAAAAAGUGCAGAUGACAUAUUUGAUAGUCUAAUAUCGACGGGUAAAAGAGAGAAUAUGAUAUCUGAUGCAAAUGAAUAUAUAUCUAUUGAUAAGUUAGGUUCACAACAUACAUGCGACGUUUGUAACACUCGAUUCACAGACAUAUCUUUACUCGAUGAUCAUAGAAAAAUGACAGGUCAUUCUCAAAGUUUAGUGGCUUCCUCUAGUCUUCUUCCAUACAACAAUUCCCCAAAUAUCAUCUCGAAUCUUUUGCCAGUAAAACAAAUAGCAGACCAAGUUGGCAAGUUAUCAUCUAUAGGAAACAAUUCAGGAUUCACUCAUCAACAAAAUGUUAUGAUUAACAUACAAGCAUAUCCCGGAGGAGGCGGAGCCAUGAUGCCUGGACAAACUCCAUAUAAUACUUUCCAAAGUCCACCUAACUAUACCACAUCAAAUAAUAUGUACGGUCCGACUGGACAGCCCAUGUCUGAGCAAUUUCCACCAGGAAACUUUAUGGAUUCAAACAUGCCUUAUGGACAGUAUCCAUCCCAUAUGUCUAAACCUGGUUACCCUAGUACGAUGUCGCAGAAUACAUAUCCUCCACACAUCCCUUAUUCAGGUAAUACACCACUUCAAGCCAUGCAACAAGCUGUUUAUGGCCAGACGGGAAUUAUGAAUCAACCUGGGACUAUGGGACCACCACCGGCCCAACCUUACGCUCCCGUGUCUAGUCCAGGUGGACUAAUGAAACCACCAAGCACUAGCGGGCUUACUAUACAGAAUGUACAAACCUUUCCUCCUGGUCAGUUAGCCAUGUCAAGUACAGGUCAAGGCAUGGAUCACAAGGCAAGUCAAGCGAUGGGGCAAAUGCUCCCGCCCCCUUUGAGAAUGUCGUCGGGGCCGACUGGGCCUCAAGGAUCUCGUCCCCGAAUGCCGAGUAUACGGCCAGCAGCCCCAAAACCGUCUAUACGAUCCGGAGUGCAAGUGCACGGCCAAAUCCGUGGUGCUAAAAUUUCUCAACGAAUGCCUUUAAAACGUACAGGGGGAGCGACAGGAGGACCUGGUACUAAGCGACGGCCUGAUAUGUUGCUGCCCGGCAAACACGACAAUGAAGAUUGCCAAGUUAUGGCCAUGCAGAAACAAAGAGAGGGCCUUCCAUUGAUUCAUAGUGUGCAGGGAGCUAAAGAUAAAUUGGGAAGUCAAAUCUCAAUUACCAAAAAGACUGUAAAUAAAGAAGCAAAUGCCAUGGCCAACGUCCUUGCUUCUCGUGGUAUUAGCAUCAAACAGAAGCAGAAAAGCCGAUCCCCAACACCAGAAAGACCUCUACCACAUAUUCCUAAUCUCGGUUCUGGUGUUAGCAUUAAGCAUACUUCAAAAUCCAGUAAUUUCUCAAUUCCCGAAGCUAAAGUGGGUGGAGGUAUGGCUUUGUGUAAAAUCUGCAAAAAAAUGUUUGGAUCGUACAGUUCCCUUCAAGUCCACAUGGCAAAUGCACACCCACAGAGUAAAGUACCUUCGUUCAAAUGCGAUGAAUGUCCAGCUUCAUAUCCUAAGUCAUUGCAGUUACAGCAUCACAAACGAGUGUUUCAUAACAUGACUGGAGCUAACAAGGAACUUGGUCUACCUGUCGUAGAUUUCUCUCAAAUUGAUAACCUUAAGAGACUUAGUAAUUUAGGCAUCUAUAGUUUUAUCCCCUUAGCAAACCGAGAGCAGGCCAAUGGAUGCUUUGGUAUACCUGUAAUAUCAGUUCAUAACAUGAAUUCUGGCAUGACAUCAAAUUUGCAAGCCUUAGGUGCAGAUGGUUUGUUGAGUUUAGGCCCACUCAAGCCAUUACCGAAUACUUAA